UUCCCGCAUCACUCCCCCUGGCACUCUCCCUGCCACUUCCUCUGCCAUUCCCACAUCACUCCCCCUUGCACUCUCCCUGCCACUUCCUCUGCCAUUCCCACAUCACUCCCCCUGGCACUCUCCCUGCCACUUCCUCUGCCAUUCCCACAUCACUCCCCCUGGCACUCUCCCUGCCACUUCCUCUGCCAUUCCCACAUCACUCCCCCUGGCACUCUCCCUGCCACUUUCUCUGCCAUUCCCACAUCACUCCCCCUUGCACUCUCCCUGCCACUUCCUCUGUCAUUCCCACAUCACUCCCCCUUGCACUCUCUCUGCCACUUCCUCUGUCAUUCCCACAUCACUCCCCCUUGCACUCUCCCUGCCACUUCCUCUGUCAUUCCCACAUCAGUUCCCUAGUACUCUCCCUGCCACUUCCUCUGUCAUUCCCACAUCACUCCCCUCCCCUAGCACUCUCCCUCUCUGCCACUUCCUCUGUCAUUCCCACUCCACUCCCCUCCCCUCCCCUAGCACUCUCUGCAACUUCCUCUGUCAUUCCCACUUCACUCCCCUAGCGCUCAUUCUGCCGCUUCCUUUGUCAUUCCCACUUCACUCCCCUAGCACUCUCUCUGCCGCUUCCUUUGUCAUUCCCACUUCACUCCCCUAG